AUGCUGGGCUUUCUCCCCUUUACACCCUUCACCAUCAGCGCGAGCACUGUAGUCGUCGUCGUGGGACUCUGCGGCCUCCUCGGCUCGCAUCGAGUGCUGCGCUGGCCUCUGCUGCUCGUCGCUGGCGCUCACAUCGCGGUCGCGCUCUGCGCUGUUGCCGCGUUGGUUGCCACCCUCGCGGCAUGGGAUGCGCUCGUGGCGCGCUUCCGCCUCGGCCGCGCCGAGUCGAAGCUGUUUCAGAGGCUCGACGCAGCGACGAGCCGCGCCGAUUUCUUGGAGGCGGCGAAGCAAUGUGACGAGUCGGCGGCGGUGACGGCGUGGCGCGCCGUGGCCGAGCACCCGCGCUACAAUGCCGGGAUCGUAAUGAGCGCUCUCUCACGCCUACGUGCCGCGCGGGUCGGGGGCAGCAUCGAGGAGCUCCACGACGCCUUGGCACACUGCGUGCGCAAGUCGUUUGCGGGCAUAGACGACGAGGAGCUGUACUCGCGCUGCCACGCAGGCACCAAGCGGCUCAUCGAGUCCUACGUCGACGAGGUGGUGGCCGCGCUCGGCGCCCUGCAGACGCGGCUCAGCGACGAUGGCGAGGCGCCGGCCCUCGACAAGGCCCGCGCUCUGCUCUGGCGCAGCCGGCGCGUCUUUGGCCGCACCUGCCUCGCGCUCUCGGGCGGCGGCGGCCUGGCAAACUUUAGCUGGGGCGUCGCCCGCGCGCUGCUGGACGAGGGCCUCCUGCCGUCCCUCAUCUGCGGCACCUCUGCCGGCGCGGUGGUGGCCGCGGCUCUCUGCUGCCACACGGAGCGCGAGCUCGACUCGCUGCUCCGGCCAGAGGCUCUGGCGGCGCAGCUGACGAGCUUCGAGGAGGAGCGGCGGGUGGUGCUACGGCGGGCGCUGCUGACGGGGCAUAUGUACGACGCCGCGCGCUGGGCGCCGAAGAUCCGCACGCUGUGCAACCACGCCAAGCACCCGCACAUGACCUUCGCCGAGGUGUUCUCUCUCACCGGCAAGGAGCUCUGCAUCACCGUCACCGCGCGGCGGAGACACGAGCCCCCGCUCGUCCUCUCGCGCCUCUCCUCGCCCGACGUGACCGUGGCGUCCGCCGUCCUCGCCACCGUCGCCAUGCCCUUCCUCCUGCCGCCGCAGCGCCUGCUCUGCAAGACGCCGAGCGGCGCGCUGCAGCCGUGGGCGGCGGCGAGCGAGUCGGACGGCGGGGCAGAGGUGGAGUCCGGGCCGGACGCGGGAGGGGAGUGGCGCGACGGCUCCAUCGUGCACGACACUCCGCGCGAGCUCCUCGCGCAGCACUUCGGCGUCUCGUACACGCUCACCUCCCAGUGCAACCCGCACGUCGUCCCGCUCGCUCUCGCACUCCGCCCCACCGCCGGCCGGCCUGCCGUCUCUCGGCUGCAGCGCGGCCGCAGCGACUGGCGGGGCGGCUUCGCGCUCAGCUCGCUGCUGCUGCUCCUGCUGAGCGAGGCGCGCAAGUGGCUGACGGUGAUGCGCGAGCUCGAGCUGCUCCCGCUCAUCCUCGACACCGACUGGUCGUCGCUGCUGCUGCAAGACUUUUCGGGCGAGGCGACCAUCCUCCCGCCGAUGGAGCUCGCAGACUACACGCGCGCCCUCUCCGACCCGACCGCCGCAGACAUGCAGCGCUACCUUGGCAUCGGCCAACGGGAGUGCUGGCGGAAGAUGUCGAUGCUCGCCACGCGGCUGCGGAUUGCGCGGGCCCUGCAGGAGCUGCAGGCUGCCGUGCUGGAGCGGGGCGGCGAAGCAAAGGCGGGCGAUGAGCGCGAGAGCUCAAUGUUUUGA